UGUUUAUGCGCCCGACCACAUGUUAUCUGAUAAAAGUAGCCAUAUUGUGUGUUGUUUAUUCGCACGGCACAAGUAGAAUUCCUAUAGCAAAACAACAAAGACAACUUGUAUUCGCUAGCAGCUGUAAAUAGAGAAAAACGUCAACAAAAGAGGAAAAUAAAGACGAAUUUCAUCAAAUCAGAUUGUGAUACGAACUGCUACAUUUGUGUAUUCGCGCUGUUUUUAUUUGCAUUAAAUUGUAGAUGGAGUAUAAAAUUCAAAUAAGAAAGUGAAGAAGUUUGAAAUCGGAGCAACAAAAAUCAAGGAUUAUUGGAAAUUGAAAGUAAUUAAUUUUAUUACGCCACACUUUUGUUAUUAAGUAGCCUGCGUAUUAUAAUAAUUAAAUUUCACCAAUUAGCUGUGAAGUUGGUUUUAUUGUGGUGCGUGUGUAGUGUUGAAGCUGUGGAGCCACUCAGUUUCAGUGGAGGCUAGUGGAUCGUGGCUGAAUACUCAUUUAUACUUCUUUCUUUUGUGUACGCUUCGGGCGCAUAUAUAUCUACUCGUAUAUGCUUACAAACAACGCCACAUGAAUUGGCAAUAUUUUGUUUACAAAUACAUCGUUUUUCGAAAUACGCAAAAUACAGUCAACUGCAAAUCAGAUUUUGAAAGUGUACUUGAAAUUGAUUCCAGUGUGAAAAUAGGCAAAAUUUCACAUUAACGCCAACGAAAUUCCAAAACAAAAGCUUAACUAACUAUAAAAACGGCAUGAUAACGGCUCUCAAAUACGAUCGAAUGACGAGUUAAAACAUUAACUGUUUAGUAAAUCUUGAAUGUGAUAACUGUUUCUUAUAAAUAUAGAUACCAAGCUAAAUACUACUACAUACAUAUAUUCUCAUAUAAAUAUAAGAAAUCGUCUAAUCCAAAGUCAAAAUGAAUAGCACUGGCAAUUUUUUCGACGAGCAGCUCGUCCACAUCUACACACAUUUGGUGCAUAAUUAUAUGCCAGAUUUCCUACUCACAAUGACCAAACAUUUUGUGUAUACGCCGUGGGUGUUCUCCUUGCUGGGCUCGGUGGUCAUCGGCCUGGCCGGUAUAUUACCGUUAAUCAUAAUACCCACUGAUGAAAAUCUGAAGGAGGGCGGUUACAAAGAUCCUGGUGAAUCGAAAUUUCUUAAAGUACUAUUAAGCUUCGCGGUCGGCGGCCUAUUGGGUGACGUUUUCCUGCAUCUCUUGCCCGAAGCUUGGGAAGGUGAAAGAAAUACUUCGUCUGAACAUCCUUCCCUACGCUCAGGUCUUUGGGUUCUAUCGGGCAUACUUAUUUUUACCAUAGUUGAGAAGAUAUUCUCCGGUUACGCCAAUGCUGAUGAAGAGAAUCCUCAACCAAAAUGUGUGGAAAUCGCUAAUUGUUUACUUCGCAAAACUGGCGGAAAAAUUCCCGACGGUCAUAACAACUCGGAAGGUUGUGCUGGAUCAUGUGACAUUGAAGAUGUGCCGAAUGGUUGCUUCUUACGUGAACGUGAGCAAAAACAAAAAGAGCACCCCAAAAAGGUAGCAGGCUAUUUAAAUUUAAUGGCCAAUUCCAUUGACAAUUUCACACACGGCUUGGCUGUUGCGGGCUCAUUUUUGGUCUCCUUCCGACACGGUGUAUUGGCAACAUUCGCAAUUUUAUUGCAUGAGAUACCCCACGAAGUUGGAGACUUUGCCAUACUUUUAAGAUCUGGGUUUAGCCGAUGGGAUGCUGCUCGUGCCCAGCUGUUAACUGCUGGUGCCGGUCUGAUGGGUGCGUUGGUUGCAAUUGGUGGUUCGGGCGUCACAUCGGCAAUGGAGGCGCGAACCUCCUGGAUUAUGCCUUUUACGGCUGGAGGAUUUUUACAUAUAGCAUUGGUGACAGUAUUACCAGAUCUCUUGAAAGAAGAAGAGAAAGCUGAGUCCUUAAAGCAGUUGCUUGCGUUGAUAUUUGGUAUUCUACUUAUGGCUUUGAUGACUGCAUUUUUUGAGGCGUGAGCGCUAUAAAUUUUUAGAAACCUUAAACAUUGCAAAAUUUGUUGUUGCACUUGCGUGUGCAUAAAAUAAAUAAGCCAAAAAUAAUUGAGCUGUACCUUCGCAUAAUACCAAGAAAGGAGUACAAUACAAAACAUAUUUAAUUUGGCAUUAUGUGAAAAAAUCGUUAAAAAGUAGUGGAGAGCAAAUACGCAACCAAGUGGAUAACUUUAAAUUUAGUUGGAAUCUGAUUUGAAUUAUUGCAACGACACACAAACAAAAUCACUAUUUACUGAAAUGGUAUUAAAAGUUAUACAAAAAUUGUUAAUAUAUUUUUUCAUAUGUAAUAUUUUUUAAUAUUUCGCCAAAUUCAUACUUUUACUUACAUUAAUGUACCUCUCAUUUUACAAAAACUAUUUUGGCGAUCAAUGUCGGCCAUAAGGAUAUUAUAUUGCCUACAACCGUUAUUUCUGUAAAUCUGUUUUAGCUUUCCUGAAUUUAAUUUAAAUAAAUUUACUGUUUCAAAAUUGAUUAAGUAGCAGUAGUAAGAGAUAAUUGAAUUAAAUAUAACGGUAAUGAAAGCAGAUCGAUAUUCAGUUCAUUUGUGAUAUUGAUCCUGAUAAAAUUUUUUUAAGAAAACGCCAUUAGUUAUAGAUCACUACAAGAUAUUACGUGUGAAAGCUGACUUGAUUAUCGAGUACUGUAAAUACAUACAUUCAUAAAUACAUAACUAUA